AUGCGAACUCGAUUUCUAAACACAGACUACUUCGGUACUUCUCCGAUCGAAACCCUAAGCUUCCUAAAUCUUCCAGUCCCUCACUUACCUCCACCUCCUCCUUCUUCGCAACAAGAACAGCAUCUCCUCCGCUUUCAUCCUCUCGAAACCAUCUCUCUCCCGAUCGAAAGACCUCCUAUCGAUUCCGCUCUCUCCAAAUUCAUCGCCGAUGCCAUUCCUGAGUUCAUCGAUUUUGAUCUUCGUGAUUUCGAACCUAAUCGAGCUCAUCAGAAGGAAGCCGAGAAGGAUCUUUACAAGCAGAAGAAAGAGGAGAGCGAGAGAGGUUUCACAACUGAAGCUCAACAGACAGAUAGUGGGAAUGAUAAACAUUCGGAAAGGCUCGAAGCUAUACAAUUUGAAGAACCCGAGCUUGAUACAUUCUUGGAGAAUGUGUGCUUUUCUGAGGAGGGGAUGCAAAUUCUCUCUGAAAUCCCAGAGAUUGAGAAUGAUUUGGAUCUGCUUAGGCCUGAGAUUGAAAUUCAAUAUCCGUACAAGGUUCAAGAAUCAGUUUAUUCAGUUGAAGAUGUCACUUUAUUGUUUGACAUGGAUGAAAAGGCUUGUGCAUUGGAAUAUGAUGGUUCUGUUCAAGAGCAAGCACACUUUUAUCAUAACACAUUUCCUCUUUUAGAAGUUGAAGAGAUGAGUCUCAGAACUUUCACAAACCCGCCCAUGGAAGAUGAGUUUCUUUUAUUUCUUGAGCAUGUUGAAUCCAAAUGGACUCAAGAAGGUAACCUGCAUGUUGAUGGGAAGGAGCUAUUGGCUUCUAUACAGUUUGAUACUUCAGAAUUUCUCACAAACCAUUGUCUAUCAAAGCCAUGCCUUGAACUUGAGCUGGCAUCCCUGGAUACUUUCCUGGGAAUGGACAUUAUAAGCAUGGUGGAAAUUUUGCAGACUCAUGGAGAUUCUGCAGAUUGUUUUUCGCCAACAAGCCCAGUUGUUUUUCAGGAAUUCAAAUUCCUUAAUAUGGAUUCAUCUCAACUGUAUGAAGUCUUCUUUGAGAUGCAAACAACAGAUGAACCACAAACAUGUGACUCGAUGUUCAGAGAAGAUAUGAACUUUAAGAACUUUAAUGAAUUGAUUGUUAGUUGUGAACUAACACUAGAAGAUGACACAUUUAAAUCAUUGCCGAUACCUAUUAUUUCAGACCAUGACAAGAUAAGGUCAAUCUAUGCCAUUGUGGAGGAAAAACUAGCUGAAAUCAAGCCACAACCUCUAUCUGCGUCCCAUGGGAUUUAUUUGGAUUGGCAUAUCUUGGAGGAAAAUAACUACAGCUGUAAAAUUUCAUCCCUCUAUCAAAACAUGUUGGAGGACUUGGAUUCACACAGCAUUGAUUUGGAUUGGGAAUCCUUUGAUGGUAUAAAGUUGGUAAUUGACCUUGUUUUCUCUGAUGAUGAUUUGAGUGGGCAACAAAUGGAAGAACAAAAGGAAUUGUUGAAAGUGAUUUCUGAAACUUCCAACAGUCGACUUGUGGAAGGUGCUUCAAGUAAGUCUUUGGAUGAUAGAGGUCAAAACCCAGGAAAUAGAGAAACAUUAACUGGAGAAAAUGCCGGGAAGGCUUCAUUGUUGUUCAAAUCUAUGUCGCAAUUCAAUGAUCUUGAUUACUUCUUGAAUCCUGGGAAAGCUACUGCCAGGGGAAAAAGUGAAUCUACAGUCAAGGUAUCUGAUACCAGGGCUUCGUUUCCCAAGGAAGGCAACUCUCAUUCAGUUCCUGGUCCGAAUGAGAAAAUCAUUGACCAGAAAUUGGAGGAACUGCUGAAUUUUGUACCUAUGGAGGACAAGUAUGAUAUGAUGUCUUCAAAAGCUGCAGAUAAAGCUGAAGCUUGCUGCAUGCCUGUCCAAGUUCCAUAUGCACCCUAUGCAAUGAAAGCUGAGAAGACUCAGGGGGACAUGGUGUCUUUCCCUGACAUCGUCAUUAUUGUGAAUACUCAAAAUUUUGACAAGGAAAUGAUAGUAUCCAGAAGAUGUACAUACCAAAGAAUUCUUGCAAUGGAGAAAGAAGGAGCACAAGUUGUGGAGCGUGACUUAAACCUGCCUGUGGAUGUUAUUAUUAGUCCUUCCAUUUGCUUAGUGUGGUAUGAUUGUGGAAAUAUUGGAAAGAAAGCAACUGCUGCAGAUGAAGCUUCUUCAUGCUUGCCUCUUUGCAUUGAUAAUAUUGCUACAAAUGUUUUGACAUUGCUGAGUUUCGCUUUCAGUGGCUGCAUUCUGGUAGUUCCCGUCUUUGAGGGGGAAAUUAACUUCCUCUCCACUGUAAUGGAAUCCUCUGAUGGACUCUAUGCAGCAGCAGCAAGCCUGGGAAUUGACUUACAGCUAUUUUCCUCCUAUUCAGCUGAGUUGACUAAUGAAAUUAUAUUAAGCAGUAUUUUGAAUGCCACUAAGCCUUCCACGGGCAUAUAUCCUAAAAUGCCUGAAUCAGAAACUCUUGCAGAAUCAUUCCUUACCAAAUUUCCUUCAAUCAAUCCACUAACAGCACAUGCAAUACUGUCUUCUGGAGGCAUGCUUAUUGAGUUUCUUGAAUGGUCAAAUGAGUGCAGGAUCCUAGCACUCCAACGGUAUCAGGUUCCUGUUGAAAGCAUUGCUCUGUUUAGUGCUUUGUGCAAAUAUGGUGAGCGGGAGGAUUCUAAAUCUAUAAUGACAGACUGCUCCUCUUCUGCAUCUACUUGUCCUGACUCAGAUAAAUGUCAUCUUCAUAUUGAUUCUGAAAGGAAACGAAGAAAAUGCACAAACAGCCCUCAAAAAAAUGACAUGCAUGUGGAUGACAUAUGGCAGUCUGAACAGUUAGACCAGUUUACUGAUGGUAUGCCGGGUCCUGAAGUAUUUAACCAAUAUGAUCGUUGGACGUCAACAGAUUCUGAGAUACUUGAUAAGUUGAAAGAGCCUAGUUCGUCUUUGAAAGAUUUGUUUGGUCAAAAACAGGUAUCGGAUAUUGCUCAGGUGAUGGAUUUUCCAACUGCCAUGAAGCCACUUGAUUCUGGAAACUCCAAAGAUCCUCUGAUUUGGGAUGAAAUAAGACAGCCCAGGUUAACUGUGAAGGAUAAAUUGGUGGCUCAAAACCGGGUAUCAGAAAUAAAUAUUAAGAACGAGUUGAAGUUGGACUGGGUUAACCCCAAUAAAUCCAACUCUAACAACCUGCAUGAAUACUUUAAAGGUGAAGUCAAAGACCUCACUGAUGAUCCUGUAUCAUUGAAGAACGACGUUGCUUCUAUUGCUAACUCUACAUAUUUCUCACCCUGGAUGCCUGAAAGCGAACAAGAUUCUGCAAGGAAGUCGAAAGCUGCAAGAAGAUUGUCAUUUGGUAAGAAUAGUCACCCUAAUAAUCCAACGGCUACUGAGAUAAACUUUAAUUCAGAUUUAUGGACCUCUAUAAUAAAUGACAGACGAAGUUCACCACAAAAUCGUGGUCAUCCUAAUAUGGAUGAUAAGCAUGAAAAGGUGCCUGUAAAGCCCAGGAAACACCUCUUAGAGGAGGCUUUCACACAGAGAGAUGCAAGAAAUUCCACUAGGUUUCCAUUUAGAGAGGAGAUAUCACAUUGCAGUGGAAGUGGAACACCACUUUCCAAAGCAAUUGAUUCUGGCCGUCCACAGCCAGGUUCUCCCUGGACAGUAGAGUUCCUUAACAGAAUCAGGGAAAAGAGUAGAUUGCGACAGCAGUCCCUUCCACAUGGUACAUCUACUCCAGAUUUUGUGUACUCAGGAAAUAUAUCAAAGGCUACUAAGAGAAGAAGUCCAUCUAUUCUUGAUUUUUUCAAGUACCAAGGAGGAAGCACUCCUAGAAAAGUACAUGAGCAGAAGAAGCAGAAACAACCUAUACAACUUUCGAGUUCAACCCAGAAGAAAACAUUAGCCUCCCUAAUUCCAACAUGGACACCCAGUGACAAGAGAUCAAAACAGUCCUGCUUCUCGAGCAUCUCUAGCUCAACUUCCAAUUACAAUGUGCAUAAUGAAUAG